CCCCCUCCGGACCCCCCCUCUCCUCCUGCGGGCUCGCCAGGUUGGUUCAGAGACGUCCAGCCGCUAUCGGUGCCCCCGCGUCUGUCAGGCCCCGCUGUUGUCUACGGAGGAUUCUUUCACCUCUGGAUCCGCGUUAUAAAACAUUUACGAGAAUGCCCACGAUAAAGUUACAGAGCUCCGAUGGAGAAAUCUUCGAGGUGGAUGUUGAGAUCGCUAAACAGUCUGUCACCAUCAAGACCAUGUUAGAAGAUUUGGGAAUGGACGAUGAAGGCGACGAUGACCCCGUCCCCCUCCCUAAUGUAAACGCUGCCAUCCUGAAGAAGGUCAUUCAGUGGUGCACUCAUCACAAAGACGACCCCCCUCCCCCUGAAGACGACGAGAACAAGGAGAAGAGGACGGAUGACAUUCCCGUGUGGGACCAGGAGUUCCUCAAAGUGGACCAAGGCACCUUGUUUGAGCUCAUUCUGGCAGCCAACUAUUUGGACAUCAAAGGUCUGUUAGAUGUCACCUGCAAGACGGUGGCCAACAUGAUUAAAGGCAAAACUCCGGAGGAGAUCCGGAAGACUUUCAACAUCAAAAACGAUUUCACAGAGGAGGAGGAAGCCCAGGUACGCAAAGAGAACCAGUGGUGUGAAGAGAAGUAGAGGGGGGGUCCCCCAACACUACCACGCUGAAUAGGAAUCGUCCCUGCUAACUGGUUGCACUGGUGUUGUUCAUACUUGUCAAUAUUUACAUUUAGUAUAUUUAGAGACACACACACGGCUUCCUCUUAUUUCUCUCCACCCAUAGCAUGAGCAUCUAAACUGUCCUGCGUCUCGUCAUUAUUUAAACCAAGAGGCCCUUUUGUUUCCACUCACGUAAAACAAGUAGUCCCGUUCCACAGCCUAUUAUUAAAUGCUAUAUUUGUCUUUUUUUACUGGACAUGUUUGUUUUCUUGUAGGUUCCAAUUGAUGAAAUAAAAUUUUUGACAAUGGAAAUAAAAGGGUGCAUAUUUUAUUUUUGCUCUGAAUGCAUCUGGGGGGGUUGAAGGAAAGAUGUGUUUCCUCUGGACUCUGCGCGCUCCGGUUCAUCAUUUCUGAUUCACGUUGUUCUUGAAUUGGAAAGUUUGUCAGAUGAAGCUGAAUUUUUGGGAUGACCCAACACUUUGUUGAAGGAUUAAAUAAACGUAUAAAAGCCA